UCUCAGGCAGCGAGUACUGCAGUCCGCAUAUCUGUUGUUGCAGAUGGGCAUGAAACUAUUGUCAAGCUAUCGAAUACAGUCUAUGACGGGUCGCUGCAGAAAUCCUUGAUUUCCAAGGCUAGAGCGUAUGCCACGCAUGGAUUGAUCCAACCCAAAGCUCCAAUCACUGUGAUCGACAACCGCGGUACGAAGCACACGUCCAGCGCAUCCAUCACGCUUCGCUGGUAUUAUGACAGUGGACUUCAAACCUUCAAGGAGACAUUCUACAUUGUUGAUCGGCUUCCGUUGCCCGAAGGAGGUGAAUGGGAUGCUAUGCUUCGUAAGGGCGUGGAGCGCAGCCCCGAGCAUUCGCCUCCCCCGGCAUACCCCUAUGUAAAUACACCGCCUCAGAACAAAGAUCCGCAACCGGGAACCCUGUCAGCGAGAGAGAAGCAGCUGAGAUACCUCAAGGAGAAGGAGGCAGAAGCACAGCGGAUUCGGAAG